GUCUAUAUAUAACAGCAGCCAUAACAUGAAGACGUCAAACUUUCUUCAACUCUUACGAACAAGAACAAUACUAGUCUUCUCUUCACCAAGAUCCCUAUAAUAUAUCAGCAUACAUACUCUUCUUGGAAAGGCAAGACACAUGAAUCAACAAGAAGCUGCGAGUACUCUUGAACUUGAUCUGAAACUAAAUAUAUUGGAUUCGUCUUUGCCGACUGAGAGCCCAUCUUCAUCGUUAUGUUCAGAAGAAGCUGAAGGUGGAGGAGGAGAGGCUAAAUCAAUGGUGGUCGUUGGCUGCCCUAAUUGCAUCAUGUAUAUCAUCAUGACUUUGGAUAGUAGUAACCCUAGAUGUCCUAGAUGCAACAGCCAAGUUUUGCUUGAUUUUAUCACAGGCUACAAUACCAAGAAGAGUAGUAACUAAUAAGAAUAUAUGUAUAUCCAACUAAGAAUGUAUUUUUUUCUUUUCGUUUUUUUUUAAAUAUGUUUUCAUGAUUUGUUGGUACAUAUUUAUAGUUUGAAUGAAUCUACGGUGCACGGAUGUGCCCACAAACCGGAAUCUCUAUACUUUUGUUUAUAAAAACAUCGUUGAUUGUUUUUAUCUGUAUUGUUGACAGUUCUUCUGUGAAUAUUAUUAAUUCUUUGUAACAUGCGAUUACAAAGAGACCAAUAAAAUUAUGUCGGUCAUCCAUCAUAAAGCUGUUUUUAGCGGGGGGAUUGUGGAUGUUUAUGACGUAUGUAUUCUCUUCAAAACAAUGAUAUAUUCAAUUUUGUGUACUAGAUAUUUCAUGACUAUUGGGACAUUUAAUUUUAUAAAUGGAAAAUUAGUUGUUGUUGACUUCUUGUAAGUUCAAUGUACACGUACGUGACAUAACUAUGUGUUUAACAUGAUAAAUGUGGAACAAUGACAUUUUUCUUUUGAUUUUCUUGCACUAAUUAAUUGUGGCUUCAAAUGAUAAGUAUCUGCAAAUACAUUCGUAUAUUUUUUUGACAGAGACAUACAUUCAUAUAUAUACACAUCAUACAUCAAAUAAUAAAUAGGUUUGGCUUACUUGUCACCAAAGUUGUUGAACGAACAAAUUAAAUGUCUUAGUAAUCAUGAAGAAGAAGUUGUUCUUGUUAUAAAUGUGAAAAUCUUCACCUAAACUUACUAUAAAAAAUGCAUGUUGGUUUUCACAUUAAUGUCGGAUUCAGCAUUACGUGUGCUUCGUUGCUUUCUCUAAUUAUCAAAAGAAACAACACGUAUCUUCUAGUCUACUACCCAAGUUCAAUCGAAUAAACUGAUUUUCUUUAUAAAAAAAAACUAAAGAUUUUUACUACACCUAGAACGGGUCUUUGGCAUAACGAAAUUAAACAUUUACUUCAAUCUUCAAAAUUUAAAUAGUUAAUAUGUAUAAAUCAUCUAACCUCUAAAUUGAUUAAAUAAAAUAUGUGUAUAGCUUAUAGCAUCAGAUUAUCAUGAGGUGGUCGAAUUUAGAGGUGUAGCAUCAGAUUAUCAUCAGAUUAUAGCAUCAGAAUAUGUAUAAAUCAUCUACCUCUAAAUUGAUUACAUAAAAUAUGUACAUAUGUAUGCAACUGAUGCAUAUAGGAUUUAUAGGUGCAGGUAGCUCAUGACAGAAACUGACCGAACACAGAGUUAAUCUGAUUCUUUAAAAAAGUGCGAAGCUCAAAUGCAUGUCCUCAUUAUUUUAUUAGUUUUUCUUAUCAUUUUCUCAAGUCACGUACUCACGUGACAUUCCUCAGUCCUCACUCCUCACCCUCGACUUUUUUGCAUGACAUUGCCACAUAUACACAUAGGAUAAAGUAUACUAGUGUAAUUACGAUCUAUACGGAAGGAUCAGAUGAUCAUAACUAACCAAAAGAUCACGAUGAAUUGGUCAGGAUCGUCUAGAAGAUGAAUUGGUGUCAAUAUCAUGGUGAGUCAUAAUUGGUCAGGAUAGUCUAGAGGAUGGAUUGGUAUCAAUAUCAUGGUGAAUCAUUAUGACUCACCUCACACAGGCCUGGUCCAAAUAUUUCAAAAUUUGUUUAAAGCCCUAAGCUAAUAUAGAAAAUAUGAAAAUAAUAAAAAUGUGCAAUGUAAAAUUUUAAAACAUAGCCCAUGUGCCCUAAGGCAGCUGCUUAUAUGGCAUACCUGUUAAGUCACAAAGUCAUACCCUUGCCUUAUCUAGAUCAUGAUUAUCCUUGUAAGAUUAUGAACAUGUCCACGGUUAUUGUGUCGUGGCCAUCAAGUACUAUGGAGGUCUGAUGUAUUUAUUAGUAAGUGACCAGCUAAUCUCAAGAUUCUCAACCCUGAAUAACAAGCAUUUUAUGAGUGUUUCUUCAUCCUUUAGUUUCCUUAACCUGGACAAGAGAGCAAAAUUAUAUGCAUAACUAGCAUAACCAAUUCUCAAUGCAUUGUCCAGAUUCUCAAAACAUAUUAAUUACGUAAUGUAUGUACAUCAUGUCUAUAGAAGGGAAGAUGAACCAUUAUUAAACGAACAACCAAUCCAGCAAUCCAGCAAUUGAACCAAACCAUACCUUUUCUGCAAAAUGCAAUCAUUAUUUAAUGCGUUAGAUAUUCAUUCAGUGUUUGUAUUCGUAGCCGCAGUUACAUAUCCCUCGUAUGUUCACUGAUCUUGGUAAGUUGUAACGAUGAUUUAAAUAAAAACAUAAAAAACUAAUAGAAAUGAAAUGUAUUUUGUUUAUUAAAUAUAACGACUUGGAUGUGCAAUGCAAUGAUUGGAUGGACACACAGAAGUUGCGUUUAACAACCCGAGAGUCAAACCGAACCAAAUCUCUAAACUUUGGUCGGUUAUGGCCUUAAUGGGUUCUAUACCAAUCGGAACUAUUCUAAUAUAAUUUUGGUUAUUAAUCAUUUUUAGUUCAAUUUUAUUUUUAAUCUCUAAACUUUGGUUGGUUAUGGCCUUGACAAAAAAAAAUCAUUUUUAGUUCAAUUUUAUUUAUUUUUAGUUUUGCUCAAAAAAAAUAUCUCUUAUAUAUUAAAAGAAAAGUUCUGAUCAAAAAAAAAAAUAUAUAUUA